AUGACCGAUUCUUAUUUCCGAUUCUUGAUAUACGAAAGUUUUGAAUCCAGAAAAAGACGAUUGGAGGAUGACACACCGAGAAACAUAUUCAAAUGUGCAAUGACUGACCUAGAUGAUAUCGAAGUCAUCGAAGAGUUGAAUUACGGAAUCACCGACUUACGAAUCAUGGAACAAGGACGUAAUGCAAUCCUUAUAACAGCUUUGAUCGGCAAAAAGGAGACUGAUCGAUUUGAGUUCGAUCCAGAAGACCGCCAUGGAUACUAUCCACAAGCAAUUCACUUCAAGAUAAAUCCAAUGAGGAGAGGUUUCAAUGAAUAUGGUGGACUUAUGGAAAUUGAAAAUGUCGGUUUUUACGGAUGUGAAGAGUCAUCUCAAUCGUAUUUGCUAUACACUGAAAAAGUACCUUUGGGUGUGUUUACUCUACUGGAACGCCUUUUCGAAAUCUUCCCUGGAUUCCUCAAUCACGUCUACAUUUCUUUGAGCCGAGAAGAGCAUGAGGAAAUUCUGGAAAUGCUUGGAGGUUCUCCGACUUUCAUAAUGCUCCGAGAGCUCACUGUUAUGAAAACAAUGGAUAUAAAUCUAUGGGCAACUCUUAUGGAAGAUUUGAUAAGAGUGAAAACUUUUCAUUUUGGGAAGAAAGCGAACUUCGAAGAUUUUCAUAAUAAAUACAAACACAUCAAACACAUGAACUUAAAUAAUGGAAAUAAAUUGGUAUCGAAUGAUUUUGCAAGUCUUCACUAUGAAACUAUAAAAAUCGCAAAUCUUAUUCCGGAUACAAGAGAUAUCAAACUAUUCAUGGAGACCUGGAAGGACGGAAACAAAUCAAAUUUGAAGUACUUGAGUGUCGAGUUCAAAAAACCAUUGAGCAUAUCUGAUUUGUCGAGUUUGAAGACAUAUUUGAAUGGAGUGAAAAGAACUGAAAGUCCCAAGAAAAUGAUAUUCAAGGCCAACAAUACCGUGUACUCUCUGGAGAACGCAUACGAUAUCGAGUCUCCUGGAUGCAGUGGUUCCUAUAUUCUCACUCGGAAAUCAUUCCAAUUCUUCGUUUGGAAAUCAUUCAAAAAUAUAAUUGAACCUGCAUUCUGA